AGUAACAUUUUGUGCGCUGCUUGAUAUAGGCUGUCUGACACUCGACUAGUCCUGUACCAAGCAAGAGACGAUAUUUCUGAAACCUAGUUUAGAGAAUUGCAUACAACACGCCAGAGUUUCGUGUCGUCGCGUCGUGCAUACUUCUGACUGACAGACGGAAGGUUCUGCUGAAGCGAGCGAAGGUGUUUUGUGUACGGCACAGCAUUUUUAAGAGUCUCGUAAGCGGGAAAACGGGAAACUACCCCGACGUACCUACCACACACUAGGGAUUUCGGACAGUGCGAAACUACGCGCGGUGGCAUAGUUUGUGUAGUUUGUGAGAACGCGUAGUUUUACGGAAAUCCUUGGUGGUGAGAUAUUGUGUGAGAUUUUUGGUGGAUUGUUAGGAGGUUGGAUUCGGAUGGAAAGUGUCCAACCUUAACUACAAGUUCACAAAUGAUUUUCCAAAGUGUUUAAAAGGCGGAAAAGAAGUGGAGAAUUGAAAUGGUAAUAUCUUCCUAGUGAUACCGACACAAAGAAGAAAGAAGGUGGAAAGGAUUGAUGAAUUUGUAGAACAACAAACAAUAUAGUUCGUAGAGAUCACUAUUAGUAGAGGAGUAGAAAGGAAGGACUUCCCGAGUCAGCUGUGUUCCGGUAUCAACGCUACGGUGCACCUGAGAAAGUUAUCGAGACAAUGAACGCAACAGUAUUCUAGUGAAUUAGUCCCAGCACAACAUAAAUGAACAGAAAUUUGCAAUGAUGGGUCUUCAAACGGCAACAAGUAGCAGCAACAAGCGCAAAUUUGAGGAUAGCAGUGUCUCCGGUGAUGAAGAUAACGCCCCACAACAACAACAACAACAACAGCAAAAGACGGAAGACCAUUUACCUAACCAAGAACAGGACGGUCCCAGCGAAUGCAAAAAUCCUCGCCUAGAGCUGAUGGAGGAACAGAAGGAGCAGAAUGUUGAAAUGACCGAUAGUAGCACCCGCAGCACUAGUAGCAGUAGCAAUAAUGAUACAAACCAUACGACGGAAUCCACUAGUACUGGAUCAAUCAUGAGCAUCAACAGUAGUAUAACGAAACCGAUUGUGGCUUCUCCACUGAUCGCCGGGACACCCACAACCGUACCGGUUAAUAGCCCUCUGCUGCUGCCACCGGUAUCGAGUCCUGUGGAAGACAGUAUAGCAAAACUUGAAGCCGUGGCAGUACCCGGUGAAACGAACUGGAGUUGCGAAUCUCUAACCGAUCCCAUCAGCAAGCUACAAGCCGUUGCUGUCCCAGGAGAAGCGUGGGGCUCGGAUAGCACUAGAUCGACACUGGCCACCACUCUUCUAGCUGCUGAUGAUUUGGACGACGACGAUGACGACUUUGAAGAUGACUUCGACGACGAUGAAACGAUAUUACCCAGCUAUUCUCCCAUCCGCUAUCCGUGUUCGCCAAAUCGUGGAGGUUAUCUGCCAGCCUACCCGAAGCCCGGAUACUUCCCUGAACCAUACCAGAACUGUUCCAGAACAGGAUCGGGAAAUAAUGGAGCCCAGCAAUACGCUAGUCGAGGUUACGGAUGGAGUCAACACGGGUACUAUUCGCCACCAUACGAGGCACCUCCUUCACAACAAACAAUCCGUUGUGCUGAGAAUGGUAAAUCUUAUUUCGAGCUUGGCAGCGCUAAUUACACCAACAUUCAGCAGUUUGGGGGCGCUCAAGGACGGCAUCUCAAACGGUGUUGCGAUGGACGUAAUAUGUCGUGCAAUAACAAACAAUGCUACAAGGAAAGGCGAUUGAAGAUGAUGAAUCUCUCCAUGUUCAAAUUGGCCCGGUUUCGGCAGGCAUCGGACCAGUCGCUUUACCGAUCGGUUCUCAUUUGCAAUACGCUUAAAUCGAUAGAGCGUGAGAUUGACAACGAAAACAAAGAGUUCAAUCACCACCAUCUGCAUCAGCAACAUCAUCCCCAUCCGCAUUACUCGGCGCCACCGCAUCAUCAUCUCCAACAUGUGCAUCAAUCGCAGCAACAGAACGAGUACAACAACGGGCCAUUGUACAACAACAAUCGAUUGGGCAGCGACAAACAAACUUCGCAACCACAAGCUCCCAAAUUUAGUGAUAUUAACAAUAGUGGUAGUCCUAGCUAUAAUAGACUGCAAUCUGGUAGCAAUGCAAGCAGCAAUACAUCAUCGCAACCAUUGUCAUCCUACGGCACUAGUACUGCUUCCGAAUGUACCGCCGACCAACAGGAAUCCCAAACAAUCACAACACAAUUAUCAUCCUACGAUCAACAAUCGCACCAUCUAGACGGUUCCUUGGCAACUGUAACAACGGCAUCUCCGACAACCGUCGUAACGUCGACCAUCAACAGCAGUCACCAUCCUUUGAAGGAACCACAGUCUGGUCGAGCGACACCAUUCCCCUUGGUAUCUUCCUCGAUCGCGAAUUCUACCAACAGUAGUAGCAACACAUCGAACGGAGUCUACCACGACAGUGAUUCCGGCUUUGGCGAUGAUGACUGUACCCGGCCCAUCAAUUGGGGUUCGGUGCUCAGUUUAUCCUCGCAGUCGGCACUCGACCCAUUGAACAACAACGACCUUUUCGUCACCUCGCCGAGUGUCGCAGUCAGCGUCGCCAACGAUAAUAGCCAUUCUCUCCUGGCAGUAGCGAAUAACGAUAAUUGUGAUAGUAGCACUAGUAAUUUAGGUUUAAGUACGGCAUCGGUGCCAGGCAGCGAUGCAACAGGAACUAUUGUUGUAGCCGGAAGCAAUGGUAGCGUCAAUAGUGAUAGCAGUAGUGAAAGCAAUCUCCACCAUCACCACCAUCAUCAUGAGCACAGUCAAAAUCCCGCCAGCUCAUCUACGAACACCUCCAGCACGACUACCUUGACCUCACUUACGACCCUGACUUCGAACAACCAUUGUGAUCUAAAUCUUACCACCCUUACCACAUCCCCUACACCGCUACUUUCUUCCUGUGCUUCAGCCCUGCAGUACCACAGUAGCACCAACGGGUCCAGUUGGGAUCUUGCCUAUUUAGACAUGGACCUAGGUACGACGCACGAGCUCUACGACAUGUUUCCCAACUGCUACAAAAUAACGUCGUUCAACUCGGACGUCGAAAUGCUCGGCUUAAAAUCCUCUAUGUUGGAACCGGGCAAGGUUGUCUGUGAUAACGAUAUGGACUCUUUUACCACCCACAUCAUGGUCGGGAGUUAGUAUUAAGCCCGCCCCUCCACGCUCUUGGUCGUCGGAAUUACCCGAUAGACCGAAUCAACUGACCUACGAUGAGGAGGGGGUGCGCGCGCUAGCUCAGUGGAACCUGAUCCCACCACCGACGACAACAACAACAAUAAUUGCAUUUCCCACUUAUUUAUCCAGUAGCGCACACAAAUGACGACACUUCAAUACAAUUCCCUCGCACUAGAGCCGAUGGCUCUGGUACCGAGAGACUAUUCGCGGGAGAUGUGAAGGGUGCAAUCUCAGGUGUUAAGAUGGCUGUGUUUACAUUUAUCAAUUUGUUUUUGUUUCUUAUCGAUUUAUAAUUGUAUCUGAGAUUAUUAGACGAAAGGCAAAUAUAAUUAUAUUUGAAAACUUUUGGUUUUUAUACAAAAGACGCGAAGCAUACUGUUUCUUGAUCAAUUCUUACCCACUUUUCUAAUUCUUUGGUUCCAGAAUCAGACACAAAAUUCCUUCAUAAAAAGCAAUCGUAGCAAUUUCCUUAUUCCUAAACUUUCCUUCAAAUUCCAAAAGUCAACCCUAUGGCAUUUCUGUUACCAAAUAGAGAAUCUAACGAAAGUAAAAACUUACCUAUUAGCUAACUUGCAUUCGACAUCGAUCCACAAAUGUGUGCGGAGAGUUCCUGGAAAACAAAAAAUAAAAUUGGUUAAGGUACACCGGGGUAAGUGGGGACGGUUUUUCGUAUAGUUCAACUUUAAAAAAUCAUUAAAAAAUCAGCAGUGGAUCAAUUUUGAUAAAAUCGCGUUUAAUGUGAUGCUGAACUUGUUGUUUACUAAUGCUGAAGAGAUGAGCUUGAUAAACGAAAAGCGAAAAAAGUUAUCACGUGAAUUGUUAUGGACUGCUGGUGUCUUCACUUACCCCGCUUUAUGGGGUAAGUGGGGACGGUAGAUUUUCCCUUUGAUUUUUCAGGAAAUUUUCAACAACUUUGUGUUUUUUUGGUUGAAUACGUUACUUUAUUGUUCGAACCGUCCAAAAUUUUGAAAAAAGUGCAUGGUAGUGAUAAUUAUGUGUAAUUUAUGUUGCAACACAUGAGAUCCGAAUUUAUCGAAAAUAUAUGCUUAUUCCAGAAAACAUAAGUACUUUUCCCAACUUUUCAUGAUCCGAAUGCUUAAUAAAGCUAAAAUGUAUUGAAUGAAGGAUAGAAAAUUGAAAAAAAUUGUAACCAUCAAGUAUAUACAAAGCCGUCCCCACUUACCCCAGGUAGGGUUUGGAGACAACAUUUUAAUUUUUUUAAAAUAAACUAUUUUUUCUUAAUUUUAAAUCGCCGUUUCUUUUCCUAACUGGUUGUUUCUAAUGUAAGGAUUGUUGCAAUGUAGAGUUUUUCGUCAAAAGCCAGCUAGUUUACGAGAAAUUUGCGAUUGAAAAAGAUGCACAUCAACUCCACAUCCUAGUUAAAAAUAGAGAAUUAACGAAAAGUCACCGUAAACAUCCGUUAUUGUCGGAACCGUAUCUCUUUUACAGUUAUUGGAUAGAUUACAAGUAAAUUUAACAUUCUGCAUUAAAAGUUUGAAAAAAUAGUUGACAGUAUUGUUGUAAUAGCCACCGUCCCCACUUACCCCGCGUCCCCACUUACCCCGGUGUACCUUAUACAAUCAUACAGCGUACAAAUGGCAGUACUAGAAUUGAAGAACCAACAAAAACUGCUGAAACAAAAUGAACAAAAACUGCUUCUGUCACUAUUGGUUCCUUAUUAGAGUUAGGACUAUUGAUAAUUGACAAAAUUAGGCAAGUUGGAACAAAUCAAACUAAAUCCACAGACAACAAAACGGCGCAAAAGGCAACACAAACUAGGUUUAUUCAUUAAGUAGUUAAGAUAAAAAAAAAGAACGAUUACUUACCCAAAAACACAACUCAGAUAGAAUAGCAAAUAUACGGCAGCGAGAAACAAACAAGGAAUUGUUGCGUGGUUUAGAUAUUUGCAAAAUCAACGGCUUAACAGCGGUGAUAAUUGUAGACGUUCGGAAUGAGAAGCGACUCACGGUGUUCAAGCUCGAAAAAAAUUAACCAGUAGAUUCCAAAUUCUUAACUUGAGAAGUGGUCAAUCCCACAGGUGCCAUAAACCCUCAUGAUUUUUCUAUUCCUCGACCUUUCCCAGUACAUAAAUAGAAACUUCUCAAUGAUUGAAUUCCCAUCCCGAUUGUACAACACUUUCUCCCCAGACUGAGCUGACACCUACACCGGAAACUUUUUUUUUCGAGGAAUCCUCGAGACGUUGUCAGAAAUAUUCACAUCAUCAGGUGCCAAGAGUUCAGUACGAUUAUUAUUCCUCACAGACCUGCGGUAUAGUUUGCUAGCAGAUACAAAUCUUCAAAGGCAUUCCAUCAAAACAGUACGUGCAGUAUAUUCAAAUAGAAGUAUUAUCCUCGGAAGAUGGGUAUUGUGGAAGUUUGACGACGUCUCCAGGACCGAUUUAUACUCACGAAAUUCGUACAAUUACGUCAAUUUCAAACAAAACCGCAGCACACGCGAAGCACCACGAACGAAACAAACGCGGUCCGAUUCGUAACAUCCCGUUACUUCUAAUUUCAAAUUAUUUUUUCAAACUAAAAUAACGUCUGUACAUAACGUCUGUAACUGUAGCACGCUAAAAAAGAAACCGAUCGAAAUUCAAACUUUUCACACAGAUAACAGGUUGAAAAAUGAUACAAACCAUUUGAGCUGUUUUUAUUAAACACCAUACGCCGUAUAGAUGGAAAUCUGUUAUCUGGUCAUAUUCUGUAAUUGAAAACAAAAACUAUACUUUACUUCUAGAAAUUCGCUACAUUCUCUUGAACUCAAUUUCCCAAUCAGGAAACUGAGUUCAAUCGAAUGUGAAUUCUUUUCUGUAGCAAAAAAUGUAAACUCCGAAAUAUAUAUCUUCCGGAGCAUUUUAACUGAAUUCAAAGCCUCCAUUUAUGUUUCUUAACUUUUGCCUUACAUUUUUUUUUGAAAAUAUCAACACAUUUUUGUUUGACAUAAAUACAGAAGGGUAUUUAAAAAUAUCUAUACAAACUAAUAGGAAUCAAAGCCAUUUAGUAUCCCAAAUUUCAAUACGACCUGAAAAAAGGCUUAAACGUCAAACAAAACCGCGUUGAAGUCCGUACACUUGAGAAAAGGAAAGUAACGUCAAAAUCUUUCAAUAGAAAAAAAAACUUCAGGUAUAGAUUGAAAUCGUAAACCGAACCAAUUCUAGUCUCCAUUGUCAAUCUUCAAAUCAGUAAAUAUUAUUUAACUUCGUAUUUUUCCUAUCUUACGACAAUCUGUUUUCGAGUAAUGUUUUCAUUUACAUUUAUGUAAUUUGAUUGAGAUCUUAUUUUGCAGCGCAAUUUUGCUUACCUGUUUGUACAUAAGGCAAAAAAUUGUUACAAUACACAAGAUUGAUUACGAAAUUUGGAAACCAGUUGCAACUUUAGCAGCAAAAGCGAACCUUGAUGUUAAUUGAUGAAGAAAAAAAACAAACAAAAUGAUGAUGAUAAAACUGUGUACUAUAAGAGAUUAUAUAUAUCUACUAAAAAUAAAUAAUAAUAUAUUAUAUUUAAAGGAAAACCUACAGAAAAAAUAUACAAAAAAAAAUCAAUGAAAUCAAUUAAAGCGUAAGAUUGUAAACAAAUAAAACACAAUUAGAAAUCGUUAGUGAUUUUCAGAUGAAAAAAAAAACAGCUGCAAACAAAUUGUAGUAUAAAUUGAAAAAAAAAAGUAAGGGGCAACAUUUCCAAACCUAAAUUUUGAAAACAAAAUCCCCUACUUAUCUAAAUUUAAUGCAGAGAUACGCAAAACAAAACACACAAGAAUAAACUACAGACGAAUUUUGUGGUAUAUUAGAGCAAGAAUUAAAUUCAAUAAAAAAAAGUCGCAGCGAUACCAUGGCAAUUGCAAAAACCACGAAAACAACAAAAAUGAUGUAAUAGAUCGUUUAGAGUUAUUAUAUUUGAAAGUAAGAAUAAUUUAUUGAAUUUAUUAUAUAUAUGUACAUAAGCAAAUACAAGACAAAACAGAAAAUAACAAAAAAAAAAAAACAAAAAUAAAUAAAAUGAAUAUUGAAAACAA